CAUACUCAACACCUCCCCGGCGCCCCACGCUCAAAGGGCUGGGCGCGGGGCGGGGGCGACCUCGGGGCUUCUCGGCAUUCUGGCGCGUCGGCAGGCAUGGCUCAGCAAGUCGCUCAGAACUUUCGAUAUACUUCCCCGCUUUGCUUGCCGCCAACAUAUUUUGCCUUAGAGACUGCAUAUCAGCGGGCACCGGAUGCUUUCCUCGCGACCUCGCGAAAGUCAAUUGUCCAUGGACCGCGAAGGCACUUCUCGCUCCGCCCGAAUUUUCCCUGCCACCUAUUUACAUGAAAUAGGCAUUAUCAAAUACUAAUACGUAGCAGUCGCGGUUUGCGCCAGUAUGCUAUGUUUUGCCGACGCACGCAGCCACGCAGCCACGCAGCCACGCAGCCACGCAGCCACGCAGCCACGGACAGGGGUGUUCCUGGGGGGCUUCGCCCCCCCCCUGGAACGCUUCGCUGGGGGGGCUCAGCCCAAAAAGAAGGACGAGAUGAGUAAUGCGCCUUAGUGCAAUGCGGCUACGGAGGAUGGUGGGAAGAGGCGGAGGGCGGGUGCACGCAAACACAAGAGUAGCGAGGAUGACGAUGCAGUACGCGGUACGGCGCAGGGAAAGGCUGACGCACACGCACCUCAGGGGAUGCAUGCCGGGUAGAAGAGCAUGUGGGGGGAAGGAAGAUUUAAGAAGAACAGGUACAUGGAUAGUACUAGCCAAAAAUAGCCAAAAAGCAUGUAGCAGUUCGCCUGAAGCUUCCUGCAUUGUUUAUGUGAUUGUUCUCCUGAGAUAACUCAGCAGAACUGAGCGGAACUGAGAGGAACUGAGCGGGACUAGCGGGACUGAGAGGAACUGAGCGGAACUGAGCGGAACUGAGCGGGACUGAGGGUUACUGACAGUUAUGGAGGGUUCCUCAGAGAUUCCGAACGGCCAUCACGGACGCGAGCGAUGUGCGGCCAUCAAAUAUCGGUUUGCAAUACUGAUUGAUUCGCUGCCCGGCAAAUCGGCACCUACGCUUGAAGUUUCAUGAGUUAGUGGCUGCGUGACUUGAUACCACUCCCGAAGCCUUCUCGCUAUCCAAUAUUGUAUUCUUAUGGGCCUUUGAUAUCGACCGAAGCGAAGAAAGCCUGCAAUCGGCGGGGUCCCUGUCUGGUCAAAGUCGCGCGAAUUCCCAAUCCAGCUGCGGUCGCUUCGACUCACUCAUCGGGCUUACAGUAUUGUAAUUUAUUGAAGUU